AGUGUUGUUAAACUGGGCUGGAUGCGCUACCCCGCUCUGUUCAGAGUAGGUGUUAGUGUUUGGGACGUAAAUGCUUAUGUCCUUUCAUUGCUAUCGCUCCUAUGGCGUAUAGUAUUUUUAAACGUCAUAUAACAAUAUGAAGUUUUUCUUCUGCAAUGUCAAGUGACUUCAGAAGUGCGAUGAUUCAGGUAAUUGCUCAGCUCUGUGGUCAAGUUGGCUUCGAACAAAUCACGGAAGCCUCACUUGAAUUGUUAAUUAGCGUUGUGGAAGCAUAUUUCCUCUCCUUAGUUAGAAAUGUAUAUACGUUGACGGCCUCAGACGGUUAUGCACAGGUUGCAGAUGGACUUCUAGCUUUGCGUUUGAUGGGUCAAACGCCUCAAGGCUUUGCCAAGUUUGUCAUAGAGAACAGUCAGUUUUUUACUCGAGCGCCUACUAUGACAUGUGGGCCGGUUUACGGAAAAUCGUGUUUAAAUAUCCCACCUGAAGAUCAUCCUGAAUUAGAAGAGCGGCCACCCUUCAUUCCUCGCCAUUUGCCGCUAAAUUAUCGCGAGGACUUUGGAAGUCAAACAUCUCAGGCAGAACCAAGCAUCAAAGAAUUUGCUUUCAAUGCUUGUUUAUCUCCUUCCUCACCGAAUACGUUAUCUACUAGUUCCAAUUGUCUUACUGGUGCAACCAGUACUGCUGUAACAACCGUUGCUCGUACACUUCCUGAAUGGGCCAACAGAUCUACAUAUCGUAUGACGUGUGUUUCAGUUGAUCCUCUAACUAAGUGCUUGGUGGAGCAUUGUCCUCCAUGGAAAGCCUCUGAUGUUUUGUCGGAGUCACCGAUUCCGGACAAUUAUGUGGGUUCGACAAAUAAUUACUUUUCAUCUAUCUCAAAAAGAGAACUUGCAUACGACUCAACACCAGAGGAUACAAAAAAUCCAUAUGUGUCUCCAUCCUCACCUGCAAAACAAUGUGGUGCUAGUGAUGCACAGUGGGCAGCUGCUCUACAAGCUACUCCGUCGACGCAGCAACCGAAACGAAUCGUCUAUACUCCAAGUCGUUUUGAUCCUAGUUCCACACCAUCUUGGACACAUAUUAGACGAGCAGCAAAUUCAUCACGUACACCGUUGUUUGUUAAACAGCCUAUUGGGGCAGAUUCACGGUAUAAACGACAAGCUUCCUCACUUGCUUAUUCUUCAGCUCCAAAAAUUCCGAGACUGACUACUGGACGUCGAACAAACAGGUGUUCUAAGUUUGGUCGAGGUCGAGCAAGUAAAUUAUCAAGGCAACGUGUUUCGAAAUCAAGUAGAUCAAAUUCUCCUAUCAUAGAGCAACAUUCAGAUAAUACUAAUUCGAUGGAAAAACCACUGAAUCCGACAAGUGGACAUUCCAGUUUCAAAGAAGAUAUUAUCAACACAGAACUUUCUCCGCUAGAUUCUGAUAUUUCUACAUUAUCAAAUACAAUCAAUUCGCCUAAAUCUUUAGAAGAAACAUCCGUAACCUUACCAGAGAAAGCCGCUGAUGAUAGUUCCAUGGCACCUAAAGUAGAUCCAGGAGAUGAAAAACAAACUGUAUGGAAUGGAAAAGAUUAUCCUGAUCAUGAUUCACCAUGCACUCCUCCAUUACGGAAUCCUGUAAAUAGUGAUUGCCUGAUAACAUCUGGUGUCUUAUCAUCUAGCUUAGUUACUUCACCGAAACGACUGGAGAAUCGCAUGAAAUCUGUUGGUGUUGAACUAUCUGAAUUAAAGGUUUUGAACAUUCCGGAAAGAAGUACUUCAUCCGGAACUCAAAAUAGUGUACGACUUAAAUCACACCCAUUUCGGCGGAGAGCUCGUGGACGAAAAAGAGAUAAGUGUCGAGUUUCGACAUUUAAUAGUUUAUUUCAAAAUCCUUUGCGGAAGUGUUCAGAUCCACUUCACAUUAAGUCACAGAAUCGUUCUUUCCAGACUGUUCAAAGUCUCGAACGUAUACCUAAGGUUGACAAUAACGUAAAUGAUCACCAAACUGUUGCAGUCGUUCCAGACAACUCUUUCCAAAGUUCUCGACCCACUCGAUCAGUACAUAAAACCGGAAGGCGUACAGGGCUAAAUGCAGACGAUUUUCACGAUUCUAUAAAAAAUGAACCUAUCACCACACAGUUUUCUUCUGAUGUAAGAAUGGAAACUAUCUGCUCCCCAGCAUCAGAUACAACUGAACCGAUGACAUUUGGUGAAAGAGCAGAACUUCUUAGAAUUCUUUGUAUAGAUAAUAAUUCUGUGAAGGACACUUCAACUACCACCUUUAAUGUGGUUCCCAAUAAUCACUUUUUGAAGUCAGAGAAUCCGGUAUUUAGCAAAGAAAGCUUUGGUAAACUGCAACAGCAUGCAUCAAUUACAUUAAGAUCGCUACCUUCUUCUCCAUCAUCCCUUGAUUCCUCCCUCUCCUCUUCUUCUACUUCAAAAUCUUCACCUGAAGAAUCACUGCUUUUAAAAUCAGAAAUGAAUGAUGUAAAAGGCUGUGAUAAUUUCGGAGAUGACAUUUCUCAAGGUGUAAAUAAGUCCUUAUUUUCAAGCUCCUGUAUUCAGAAAACUGUCAAUACAAAUCUAUCACCUGUGAAUUUUUCAGAUUCUAAAAAAACCUCUCCAGCCACUUCUUGCAAUAAUAAAAUACAUACUACUCAUACUGCCUCUCCACCAGUGGAUACGUUAGGAGUUGGACCACCACCUCUUCUUCCUUUAUCUAGUAAAUCGGUUGAUCAAAAACGAUGUUCUUCCUCUUUGUUUUCAACAUCUGCUGAAAGUGAUCACAUUGCCGCACUUCCUCCUACCUUGAUGCCUUCCAGACAGUCGGAAUUGGUGUCGACUUCCAGCAGUUGCUUCUUUACAAAUUCACAGCCUUUGUCAUCCAAGCAAAUCAGCGAUAAAAAUGGAGGAUUGCGCAUUACAAUCAAACUAGGUGGCGGGACAUUAAACGAAGAACAUCUUGCUUCAUCUCUUUCCCCUUCAUCAUCUUCUUCCUUAUCUUCAUCAGAGUCAACUUCAGGGGAUGAAGACAACUCAACAGCUCAUUACAUACAGUCACAAAAUUCAACCCAGUUAUUCAAAAGGGAACCGAAUGAAAAUAGUGUUUUGAACUUAGUGGAUAAGGACAGACCAAAUAGUCAUUCUGUAUCAUUGUCUCAGUCAACAACAUUUACGGAAAAAACACCAAAGCUUGUUAUUCGCCUCGGGAAUGGUUCUAUUGCAGCAUCUCAGCCACAGACUAUUGCAACUACACAUCCUCAGUCGGUUAGUCAAAAUCUGACAAAUUAUUCAGAAAAUCCCACUUCAGUUGUUGACAAGAAGCACUCAAGUUCUUUAAUAACCCCACCACCUCCUUUACAAUUGACUAUCUCUCGCGACAGACUAAAAUAUAGAGGCCGCACUGCUUCACAAGGUAGCGAUUCAAAUGCAUCAAAUACGAGUUCAACAAUUACAGGAAGUCUUUCAAGUAGUGAAGAAGAAGUAGUUGUUCAUCCUCACAUUAGUCCUACGGGAUCUGCGAGUUUGCCACCGCCUCCUUCUCUAGAACGCUUGCCACCUCGACCAGGUCAUGGUAGUUUCCUAACGACUAAACCUACCACUCAAAGACAUUUAGUUCAUCAUUCUCAGUUGCCACCUCCAUCCCUAACAAACAGUAUAAAGAAAUCAGACAAUAUUUUGCCUUUGAAGCACAUAGUUUCACCAGGCACAAUUAUGUCAAAUGGUCCUAAUCCUACCGCUACUCAUUGUCACCUUCCACCUCUUCUUCCACUAUUUUCAUCGGUUUCGGAACAAAAGGAGUCUAUCUCACUAUCAUCUAAGUCAAGUUCAGUUUCAACAGAACAGUCUUUACAUUGUGACAAUUCCAAAUCAACUUCACGUCUCGGUGACAGAAAAAAAAGAAGACUCAGUGAUCAGGAUUCUCGUUUACCUCUAGGCAAGCGAAGAACAUUGAUCCAGUCUUAUGCAGUUCAUUCACCAGAAACUGAAUCAGUUAUUAAGAGACCACGUGCUACAGUCGAUUCCGUCUUUACAGAUGAUGAUAGUGAUACUAAAAACGAAGAAAAAUCCCCUCUGUUGUCACUUACAGCUUCAUGUUCAAAUGACUCAGUUAAUAACCAGAAAUCCCUUCGUCCAUCUAACAGCGAAAAUAUGUAUAUAUCUAAUCCUCCUGCGAAUUCUUUAGCUCCCUCUCUUAAUUAUACUGUAUCUCCUUUGAAAACCCAACCACGAACAAAACAUACUGGUUUGUAUAACAAGAAGUCUUUAUAUCGUCCUGUCACCAAGUUAUCAUCUCAUACCAGUGGUACAAAAAGUUCUGCAUCACUUAAAAGUGGGAAAGUUCGUGGCCGAUCCAAACUCAUACCUGCUUCGCCAAUCAAAACCCCAUCAAGUAAUAACAUCUCUUCCAAAAUGGUUCACCGUGAAUCUGCUUCACAAAUCGUUGUUGAAUCUGCUGGCAGCUCAUAUUAUUUUAAUAAUGAUGGUGAGCAAAUAUGGUUAUGUCCUAUUUGUUUACUGGAAGAUGAUGGCAAUUUGAUGAUUGGCUGUGAUAAUUGUCAAGAUUGGUAUCAUAGCACAUGUUUAGGGCUUUCCAAGGCUCCUGAAGUUCCCCAAUGGUUUUGUCCGAAGUGUUCACAAAAACCAUUACCACCAAAUACACUUAUAAAAUUGUCAAGUAAAGAUUCUGUUUCUCAUCUUACAAAAGGCAGCUCACGUGGUUCUGUAACCUCUCACUCGAAAGUUAAACACUCUAAACGUGAAUCAGGGUCUAGAAAUCCAAAACACAAACCCAAACGAUAAUCAUAAUAUUUUGAACAAUCAUCUCAACCACUAGCUGCCUUUUAUCGAUUUUUGCUCUUUGUACAUAGUUGUAUAUUGUAUCCAGAUAAAAAAUUAUUAAUUUUGCUGAUUUUUACUGUUGGACUUGUAAUUAAUUAAAAUUUCAUCAAAACUAAAUCACUUUUGGAUUACUAUGCACUGUUUUCUAAAAUGUUAAUAAAAAUCCAAUAUCUGAAGUAAGUGAUGGUUUAUUGUAUAGAAAAUUGUAAGUUGUAGAUCACUAGUUGUACUGUGUUGAAAUGAAUCUGAGAUUUUCUAAAUUCUAUUGUAAUCGGUAAAGUACGUGCUAUAUCUUACUUCAUAAAGCUUAUUUCUUUUUGUUUAAUAUUAUAGAAUUUUAUACAUUAUAUACGAACGUUUAUACUUGUGUGUGAUCCGUUUUAUACCCGUAGUACCAUAUUCGUAAAGCUUUCGUUGUGCAUACCUCUGUUUGGUGACAGGUCAUACAUGAUUGCUUAUAGGAUUUCCAACCUCACUGAGAACUGGAAUACUUGUUAUUCAGGUGGCUUGGAGAUAGUGAUUAAUUGAAGUGUGACUGAGGGUCAGUUGGACUGUUCCCUUGAGUGUUCCGCCCAUCGACCGGGUCUCUUGAAUCGGGGGUGGGUAAUGGUCCUUUUUUGUGGGAUAGUCUCACUAACAGUUGGAUGUGUAAUACUUGUUUCCUUGAUAAGUUUGAAUAGUUGUCUACUAUUGCUUAUCGCCGUUGCCUUUUCUAUCAUUUUUGACUAUUCUACCCACCACUACUCAUGAUCAUUGGAAAGACUUUAUUAGCCUACGUUCAGAUUACCUCCAACCCUUAUGGUAUUUAGAGCUAGGCGAGCUGAGCAGUAGUUAUCACUACUGUUUCCACAGAUGUUCAGACAAUAUGAUAUUCUCCUUCGAUAUGUAUUUUGUAUUCAUGUUAUUUUAACUGCUUCUCUGGUUGCUCCGAAAAUAUUUUCUAGACUUUUAUUAUAACAUUGAACUGUUACAAUAUAUCUUGCCGUGUCUUUUUAUUAUCCUGUAAGACGCAUAUUAACGAUGACUGCAUACUCUUCCAUUCUUGAUUUCGUCGUCUACUUUGCAAUAAUGUAUUGGUAGGGGUAAUUUUUAAAAACUUUUUACAUUUUAACCUCAUUAGUUUUACUGGACACACUACUAACUGAAAGAGAAUGGGCGAACAUGCAAAAUGGAUCAAGUACCAACAGGCUCUAUAGUACAGCUCUUCCGUUAACUAGCCAUUUAAAAGUUAAGCACUCAAAUACAUUUGUCCUUAAUAAAAAUGUGUUUCGUCACACUUUUCCUUAAAUUUCGUAUCUGUUUCCUGUAGUGCUGGAUGCCUAUUCUUAGUUUUUAUGACAUCUAUCGUAUACUAGGUUUUCUUAAAUAGACUUAUUACAUUGGUCUGAAAUAGCAUGCAUUUUUCACCUACAAUGGUUCAUCAAAUAUAUGUGCAUUGUGAUGUGUUUUCUUGGGUCAAUGUCUUUAUUUAUUCGUCUCUGUUACUGUCAAUUGAAGCGAAGGGUUGAUAUUCGGCUGUAGCAUGGAUAUUUUUAUCGUGCUAGGCAUAGCUUUGAAAAACACUUCAUAUUUCCGCGAUAGCAAUCGAUUACCACUUCACAGACCGUUGACUUGUCAGAGAUAUUCUUUAAUUAACUAAAAGUUCGCAAUACUCAAAACCUCGACAGUAAGAUGCUCUUCUAUUACUCAAUAGAAAGUCAACAUAACUCUAUAGGCUCAACUGAUACGAGCUUCAGUCUAAGUGCUUUAUGCUCGUAAAUAAUUAUUCAUGAGAUUUUAACCUUGAUAUAUUGGUUCCAGAGUGGCACACCCACCUGUUUUACUUAUGUUAUCCAGUCGGACACCUAAACAUCUAACGUAAUAUGUAUAGGUAUAUUUUUAUUAAGCAUUUCGACCAAUUUAUUUAACCGUCAGUGUCAUUUAGUCUGUAACUAUUAGUUUAUAUAUUUGUAUAACCAUAAUCAUGUUUUUAUGAGCAUAUAUGCCUGACUAUAGUAAAAGCCGAAAUCUCUGGAUGACUCAUUCGUUUCCUUAUAUACGUGCUUCUUAAAUCAAUUCACUGAUCCGCAUACACACUCGCAUUUCUGUUUAUGCAGGUUAAAAUUUAGCAAACCCUUUAAGUAUUUUAUUUAACAGUUUCAUUUUUGUCACUAAAAAUCCCUUAUUAUCUCUGUGCUUCUAUAACUAUGGGCGCGUAGUCCCGUAUUUCCCAUACAAUUUUGAAUCUCGGUUGUUUAAACUGUUCGACGACUCAUUCUCUUUCCCAUGUAAUUGUACUUCCCAAAUCCUGUUACUUCAUUCCCACGUUGGUGUUCCUUCUCAUUUGUAUGUCUGUUCGUAUAGGCUUCGCGUGCUUGCGGCUCUGUGAUCUGCUCUGUAUAGUAAUAAACUAGUUGCCGCUUCAUAUUGUCUUCUUACGUUUAUACAUCCUAAAGACUUAUCUAAUAGCGGUUAUAAGGACGAGCGAUUUACAAAAAUUUUUUUAUUUUAAAGUACUUCAGCUGUAUACCGUUGAAUGAGGCUGUGAACUGUAUGCUAACAAUUUGGUUUGUUAAAAGAUGUUUAAUUCUCUUAUAUUUAAUGCAUUUUUGUGGCCUACUGCUAACUUCAGUUGAGACAUGACGACGAUGGACGGAAUACAGAACCUCAAUGAUUUUUCUUAACUCAUUUCAUCAAUGUUAACACUAAAUGAUUGCCAAAUAUUAAAAGGUUUCUGAAGCACGCACAUGAUAACCGUUCAAGCUGUGAGUGAAUACAUGAAUGUGUACUAAUCUUCGUCUGUCCAGAUGUUGGAAUAGUUCACAUAGGAAUGUAAUAAGGAAAUUUUAGAAUAUCAGGAAAACCAAUUUCUGGAGCUGACAAGCAUUCACAAAUCUUCUGCUAAAUCCAUUUGACUUUAAAGUUUGGAAAUGUAUGACCGCUAUCUGCAGCUAUCCGUCCAGUAGGACGGAUUCGUUGUAUUAUGUAAUAUGAACAAUAAAGCCCUCAGCGAAGUUGUUGCGUUAUAUAUGUGACAAAUACUUGGUGUUUGCUGGGAAUGAACAUUGGUUACCUCGUGUAAUUUUUGGUGUACAGUUAAGUUGCUUAUUCUUUCAUUAGCCUAGCUAUUUCAAUUCGAAAAGUAUGGAGUAUAAGAACAUAUUCUGUUGAUAGAAGUCUAUUAUCGCGAGGAACAUUUUGAGUAGGUAAUAAUGAUCCCAAUGAUUUGUAAACCAUAUUCAUUGCAAAAAACUAAGACAAAUAUUGUGCGUUUGAAUCGCUCAAUGCCUGUAUGAUGUGUCCCCAGGCAAUGCUUCAGGGGUAUCGUUCACUGGUGGAGGUUGCUUAGCACUUGAAUGUCGAACCGUCACAAAACGAUUACUGCGUCACCUAGACAAUUUGCGAGGUUUUGCGGAAGCGAUCAAAUGAAGACGUUUUUAGAUUUGAGUUGACUCCAGCCACACUAUCCUAUAACGUCCAUCUUUCAAUUAACGAAAUUAAUGAUGUAUGACAAGACGAAUCCUCAGUAGUACUAUGUUGUCACGAGGAGUUACAAGUUUGGACAAUUUUGAAACCUGUUUGUAAGAAGUAUAUAAGGUAAUAGGAAUUCUGUGGUUGAUAACUAUUUUUUACAUUAUACACGCAAUAGUCAUGUAAUGUCAGAAUGUAAAAAGAACAAUGAUGACCCAACUCCAAAGCCUUUUUUCGUCAGAUACGUCUGUAAUUGUGGAUGUAAUCACAGUUUGUCAGAGUCGGGUGCUUGUCUUCAGGAUGAAGACAUACAACUUCUAGCUCAUCACCAUAACCUAAACAAGGAAAUCGACGUCGGUCACCUACGUAUACGUAUAUGAAUCCAUCCUUCAGGUCGAAAUAUUGCCACGUUCAAUCUGGGUUUGCGGUUCGUUCAGUAUAUGGUGAGCUAAAAGUCACCUCCAUUAAAACCGUGCACAACCAUCUGUGCACAGGAUAUGUCCCUGUAGAUCCUUGAAUACGACGGCUGACGUCAAGUAAACGGUUAUAUUUAUGACAGUUUCUUUUGAGUAAUACGCCAACUCGUAGUUUACGAUUUCUAUUUUCUUGGAAGGACUAUUGUAGCAGUAAGUGAAUGAUGAACUUCCAAGGACUUUGCAGUACAUUGUACCGCAAAAUGGAAAGACCCUUUUUUCACUAAGUUUUGAAAUCAGAAAAUAAAGUUUGCGAAUUUAUUUAUAGUUAAUUUAGGCUUUUAGCUGUGUACAAAGCGGAAAUAAAAAAGUAUCGCAAGAUGUGUCGUGAUACCACAGUGUCGUCACCGUGUCCUUAGGCAACGCUCCUAGGGUAUCGUCCACUGAUGAGGGUUGCGAGCACUUGAAGGUCAAACUGUCGCAAAAUGAUUGGUGCGUCACAUCGACAAUUCGUGGAAAUUUUCAGAAGCGGUCAAAUCAAGACAUUUUUAGAUUUGAAUUGAGUUCAGCCACACCAUGUCUAGUAACGUUCAUUCUUCAAGUAACGAAAACUAUGCCAUCGUGAUGAUGCAUGAUAUAGGUAAUAUGACUUCUGUGGUUAAUAAUUAUUUUUUUAGUAAACGCAUACUAAGUACGUUAUGUCAGUAUGCAAAGAGAACAGUGAUGAUCCAACUCUAAAGUACUUUUUCGUGAGUUAUGUCUGUACAUAUGGACGUAAACGCAGUUCGUUAGAGUCAGGUGCUUGCGUUCAGGAUGUAGAUGAUGAUAGUAAUAAUCAUUCUUCUGAAGAGCAUACAACUUCUAACUCGCCAACACAACCUAGGAAAAGGAGACGACGUCGGUCAUCUACGUCGAAAUAUUGCGUUUCAAUGACUACAUGCUGCCCUGUGGUCAUAUUUUGUAUGCACAUUCUAAAGACUUAUUUCGACAUAGCAACAAGUGGACAAGAACAUACAUAAUGGACCUGGUUCUUCGUGCUCUGGACAACAUCUCAAUUUCUACAGGGAGUGAUGAUCACUAGCAACUACCACUCAAUCCAUGCUCUUAGUGAACCUUUGGCAAGUAAACUCAUCCGUUCAUGCCUCGAAGCAUCGGAAGAUAUAUGCGCACAAGUGAUGAGUUCAAUCGGUGCUAAUGACGAAGCUACAACGUCAGAAUCCAUUGUUAAUACAGACCAUAGCUAUGCUUCUUGAUAACAAGAAGUUAUAAUAUUGUAAUCUGUUUAGUUUUACAUAAAUUCGUUUAUAUGGCC